UCACAAUGAGGUGGGGCCAGACAGCAGGACUAGUGGGAAGGCAUCUCCACGGGCUGUGCACCCAGCGUGGGGGUGUCUCCACUACAAGAAAAGCUCGACUUUCAUGGACUGCAAACCUUUGCAGCGAGGAAGUAUCCUCAGCUCUGUAUGUUCCUGGAAGCAAAGGAACAACUGUUGAUGGUGUUGUGUCUCCAUACUUGGACUUCUCUAAGCAGUUUGAGGACAUUGGUGCAUUAGAGCGUUCCAUCUCCCAACGUGACAUGCAUGUUGACAUAACGGAAAUAGUUAAAAAGUGGUCAGAGUGGAGAGAAUUAGAGGAACAUAAAACAGACCUUGAAGAGAGAAGGGCGACAAUCACAAAGGCCUUGAAUGUUUUAAAGAGUAAUCCAAAAAAUAAAGACAGAAUCAAUGAACUGAAAGAACACGGUAAGACAGUUAGAAAUGAAGUGAAGGCUCUGACACACAAGCUUUGGGAUUUGCAGGAAGUAGCUGUUAUUUCUGCUCUUAGUCUUCCCAAUAAUUUACAUGAUUCAACUGGUAGUGAUGAUAAAGUACUUUUUAGUCUGUCCAGGAAACCACAUUUUCAUUUUCAACCAAGAAGCCAUGUAGAUUUAGGAGUCAGGUCCAGAGAAUUAGAAUUUGUGGAUAAUUCCCCAACAGCUUACUACUUAAAGAACAAACUUGCCUUGCUUGAGCUUGUAUGUAAUGACCACUUCUUAAGCCCACUGCGAGACCAAGGUUUCUUAAUGAUGUCCAACUCAGAUUUUGUCAAGGCUGCUAUUGUGGAGGGCUGUGGCGUGCAUCAUGGAGACAGGACGCAGCAUAACGAACUGUCCGCAGGCAUGGGACAUGAAACCAGUAGUCACCUGCAUCUUGUGGGAGGAGGGUCACUACACGCAUUCGCAGCAUACUUCACAAAACAGAUCAUUGACAAAAGUGACCAUUUGCCGGUAAAAGUUGCCACAGUCGGACGUCACUACAACCCUGCCAGUAAGAAACACCCUGGCCUUCUCGGGUGUAGGCAGUCAUCUGUUGUGGACGGGUUUGUACUGUACGAGGAUGUGGGUUUGCAGGAGAGGAAGCUACUCGAGGAAGUGAUGAUAACAAUGAUCCAAAGUUACUUGAGCAUAGGACUUCACUUCCAGGUGGUUCAGUACUCGGCCAAAAAAUUACAAACACAUGAAUCUGCAGCUAUAGGCUUCCUGAUGUUCUCGCCCCACACCGAGCAAUACCAUGAAGUGGGGAGGAUAUCCUUGUGUGGGGAUUACAUCAGCAGGCGGCUCUGGUCACUCUGUAAGAAGGAUAAGGCGGCGAGUUUUCUGUCGAUGCUCCACGUCCAGGCCUGUCACACGGCCCGAGUCUUGGCGCUCUUGGUGGAAAACAUGCAGGAGGAGAAUGGUACUUACAGUGUUCCGGGAUGUCUUCAGUCUGCUUUAGAUUCAUAUUAGAAUGUGAUUUAUAUUAAAGUAUGCAAUGUAAGUAGCGUGUGCUUAACAGAAAGUAGUGAUCUAAAGGUACAGGUAACUCAUUUCAUGCAAGUUCAAAUGACAUGUUUAUGGAGGCCCCUAAGUAAAAGAUAUAAUUCCUUACUCCAAACAUUUCACCUCCAUUAACCUGGUAGCAGCGGGGAUCAUGUUUCUUAAUGGUCCCUCUAGGCGAGAAAAAUGAGAAAAAAUCAUCCCUCACACAAACCAUUUCAUAAUAUAUAUUAAAGCAUUUGUGAUCAGUUUAUGUAUCAUCUAUUUUUGGGGGUUUAAAUCAUGGCACAAAUUUGGCCCGUUGCUGCUACACGGUAAAGCCACAAAUUUGGCCCAUCACUGCUACACGGUAAAGCCACAAAUUUGGCCCGUCGCUGCUACACAGUAAAGCCACAAAUUUGGCCCGUCGCUGCUACACGGUAAAGCCACAAAUUUGGCCCGUCGCUGCUACCGGGUUAAUAUGAACUAAACCCAGAGCCAGUGUGUUAAUUGUUUUUAGUGGGCAAAUAAGGAGGACAAGCUGUUGCCAAAAGAGAGGGACAACAGGUCACCAGUGAUUGUGGCAUUUUGUAACACAUGGUCAUCAUUUUCUAUAGCUACAUUGUGAAGCUCAUUUAACAUUAACACCUGCCCCUGGAAUGUAAACAGAUGUAUAAAAAUAAACCUGUACAUAUGUAAUAUUACUUAUUUUAUUGCACUGUGACGGGGGACGAAAGUAAACUGGGUGGGCGUGAUGACAAACUGUUAUUUCUAGAGGUGACAUCAAAUUGUUACAAAAGGCCAGUUUCUCCAGGCAGUGUAAGGUCCAAUAUGACCUUCACAAUAAAAUCCUGCUCAGUACAAAUUUAGCAACUGAAAGUGAGAUCUUAGUAUGUCUGGACACUGCUACAGUUCAAAUUUAUAAACCUUCAUUUUAUAAAUCUAUAAAUCAUUCCCAUUCUAUUUUAGGACUCAUUAGAAAGUUUGUACAAAAUGAUAAUUUAAAACCUUAUCAAAUAGCUCCAGUCUGCUUCAGUCCUUGCAUAAGUCAUUACACUCAUACAACAAUAAAUAUGUUUUUGAUGUCCAUUGUGAAGUGGAUGUAAAAUAAAUCACACAGCAACCUUU